CCUCAUACUAAUGGGUUGGGUUUGAACCAUUAUAUUUUGGUUCCAUUUCUCCUCUUUAUCCGAUGUGGGACUUGGGAGGAUAUCCCAACAAUCUUGUGGUUCAGUCUUCCGUUAUUCAAGCUAUCAUUUGGCUUACUAUUUUACUGUUUGUUUUAGAGUUCAGAAGAGCAAAUCUUGAUAUCUCUUCUAACACAAAUGGUAGUGAUGAAAAGGAUUUAGAAGGAAGUAAUGUUAAUGCUAUAGAUAACGUUAGGCCUUCUUUCUGGACUUUGACGAGAGUGGUGUGGAUCAAACUGGCUAUGAACCCUAAUUCUUAUGCUUGUAUUAUUGGGCUUGUUUGAGCUUAGGUGGCAUUUUGAAAUGCCAAGCAUCAUGGAAGGAUCCAUAUUAAUUAUGUCAAAGGCUGGCACUGGCACUGCUAUGUUUAGCAUGGGAAUCUUCAUGGCUUUGCAAGAAAAGGUAAUUUCAUGUGGUGCAGGACUCGCUGUGAUUGGGAUGAUCCUAAGGUUCAUUGCUGGCCCUGCAGCCAUGGCGAUUGGGUCUAUUGCUGUGGGCUUGCGUGGUAAUGUUUUACUUGUUGCUAUUAUUCAGGUAAAUUUGUUAUAUUAUAAAAAAAAAUGAUCAUUAAAAAUAGUAUUAUAACAAACUAUAUUUAUCGGAGCGGUAAGCGAUUUCAAUUUUCAUAAGAUUGAAAACACAAAUUCGAUUUUCGGAAAAAAACACUUUGUUAGGAGGACAAAAAACAAAUAUUUACGUUCUACAGUGAUCUGAAAUACACUUUGUUGUUAUCUACUGCAAUUUAAAGAGAUUGUAUAUGACGCUAAUAAAAAAUAAUAUUAUAAAAAUUUUAAUUAAUAUUGUUUUUACAGGCAGCAUUACCACAAUCAAUUACAUCCUACUAUUUGGAGGGAUGCUCCUCAAUUGAUUUUACUUAUUCUUAAUUUCGAUAGUACUCUUUCAGGUUUUUUUCACUUGAUAUUAAGAUCCUAAGUUUAUAUAAGAUGAAUCUGUUGGUCUAAUUAUUUGGAUCUUCUUAUUAAAUUUUUCCUGGUUUUAUAAUAAUAAUAUUUGGACCUUCAAUUAGGAACUUCUUGGCUAAGAAAUCUCACUGACAUUUAAAAAAAAAAAAAAAAAAA